AUGGAGUUAGCACAGAGUGGCAAAGUGCACCCAUCAAAUAUUUCCCAAUAUGACACAAAGACUGCAAAAAAUGCAUUCGACGAUACCAAAUCCGGCGUCAAGGGUCUCACGGAGACUGGCCUGAAAAAAAUUCCACGUAUAUUCGUGAACGAACAAUACAUCCUCGAGAACAACUCAACUAAUUCCGGCAGCAGACAGAGUUUAACAAGUGUCCCCGUCAUAGACUUGGGAUGCUCGGACAUCAUUAACAAAGUCGAAGAGGCUUGUCGUGAAUGGGGCUUUUUCCAGCUCGUGAAUCAUGGGAUUCCGACGAGCCUCAUGAGCAAAGUGCUCGGUGGCGUUCGGAGUUUUCACGAGCUGGAUAACGAGGUCAAGGGGCGGUACUACUCGCGCGAUUUCAAGAAGAAAGUGAUUUAUAACAGUAAUUUCGAUUUGCAUCAAGCUUCGAGUGUGAAUUGGAGGGACACGCUUUAUUUGAUUAUGGCUCCUGAGCCUCCUCGCCCUGAAGACCUGCCUCAAGUUUGCAGAGACUCCAUGAUGGAAUACGCCGAGAAAGUGAAGGAAUUAGGCGUCACUCUAUUUGAACUUCUCUCGCAAGCUCUUGGGUUAAACCGAGAUCACUUGAAAGAAAUGGGUUGUGCAGAAGGACUAUACGUCACGGGCCACUAUUACCCUGCUUGCCCCGAGCCUGAUCUGACACUGGGGCUAAGCAGUCAUACAGACAGUGGCUUCAUAACAAUACUUCUUCAAGAUCAAAUUGGUGGGCUUCAAGUUCUUCACAACAACCAAUGGGUCGCUGUGCCUUCUAAUCCGGGAGCACUAGUCGUGAACCUCAUAACAAACGCGAAGUUCAGAAGCGUGUACCAUAGAGUAUUAGCGAAUAAUGAGGGCCCAAGACUCUCGGUAGCGUUCUUUUUCAGACCGCAUAUGAAAGAAAGCAGUCAGUCGAGGCUGUACGGACCCAUGAAGGAGUUGCUGUCUGAAGAGAAUCCGGCUAUUUAUAGAGAAGCCACGGGCGAGGAGAUUGUUUGGAUACGGUAUACGAAAGGGCUCGACGGGGUCCCUUUGCUAUCACAUUUUAGGCUAAACUCAGAGUCCCUCCAAGUGAAAUGA